GACACACACCAAGAGAGCAAAUUAAGCAAUCAAAGCCAAAGAGCAAAAGCAGCUAGCUAUUUUUCUUGUGUGGGGGAAAAAAAGAAAAGAAAAAGAAAUGGCCGGCGGGAGAGGUUUUUUGGUGUUUUGCGCCCUGGUGGUGGUGGUUGCGAGCACUGUAUCAUUGUCAAGUGCCCAGAUCAUCGCACCCCCAAUCGGAAACAUCGAUCAGGCCCUCGCGGUUCUGGAAAUCGUCCAAGACCUAGUGGCAGGAAUCCCUGUGGGAGCUGGGAAUCUCCCUAAUUAUCAAGCCACUCUUAACAAAGCCCUGACCUACCUUACCGCCGUCCAAAACUUUUUUAACAAUGGUGGUAUCCCAACGGCCGGCCUCCCAGCCCCCUCCUUGGCCACCGUGCUAGGCCAACUUACCGCCAUCCGAAGCACUCUUGCAGCUAUCUCCCCCGCCCAACUCCUUACUUCUCCUAACACCCUCCUCACCCUUAUUAACACCGACAACAACCUUAUCACCACUGUUACUAAACUCCUCGCCAUAACCUCUCUCCCUUCAGUUGCAUCAACUGACGCUCUCACCAACACCAUUAACAAUGCUGCUGCAAACCAGCUCCCAGGCACCCUCGGAAAAUGAUCUCGUAUACGUACGUGGAUCUUAAUUUCUUCUUUGGGCUUUUUUAUCUUCUGGACGUACGGCCAAGCAAGCAUUCAUCUAAUCUUUGUUGCUUUUAUUACUUUCUUUGUUUUGCCCCAAGAGUUUUGUUGUUGUUGUGCUUUUUUUGGGGGGUAAUUUUCCCCCAUUAUAUAUGUUGUUGUUGUUGUUGUUGUAUUGUAUCGGGAUGGGAUGCUACAUACACACAUACUGGGACUCUGGGAGUGCCAUUAUCACAAUGUCGAUCCAUGUACCCAUGAAUAUGUAACGACCAUUUUCUCGACCUUCUUUCUAUCUUUUUUAACGUAG